GCGUUUAAAGAAAUAGUUUUGCUGAAAAGUGGCGGUGAUGGAAGAGAGGUGAAUAUUUGCGGAUUUACAAAUAAUACUACGUAUAUGUUGCUUGAUCGUGGGCGGAUAGAAUAUCCACAAUGCCUUCGGAAAAGCGACGUACGAAAGAAGACACAUGGAAAGAGGCAGAUUUGAAAAAAUCUAUCAAGGAUGCUCACAAAGAUUCUGAGAGAAGAUCAAAAGAUGAUCGAGACAAAAGAAGAGAUAGGGAUAAAGAUCGAGACAGAGACAGAGAUAAAGAAAGAGACAGGGAAAGGGAAAAGGAGAGAGAUAGGGAUAGAAAAGACAGACACAGAGAAAAUGGAGAUUCAGGCAGUAGAGACCGUAGGAAAGAUGACAGAGACAGGAAAGAUAGAGAUAGAAAGAAAGAAGAGGAAAGCAAGAGACGUGAUGACAAAGACAGGGACAGGGACAAAAAUAGAGACAGAGAACAUGAAAGCAGUAGCCGUCACCGCGAUGACCGACGGUCUAAGGAUGAUGACCGCCACAGGAGCAGCAGGGACAAAGACAACCGAGACAAAGAGGAUCGAAAAAGAAAAGACGAUGAUCAUCGGCGUGACGACAAGCGUGGCAGCAAGGAUGAGGUAAAUGGUGAUAGAGAAAAGAAAAGCGGUCACCACAGGGAACGGGAUGAUAGUGAUAGGAAGCACAGGGAUCAGGACAGGGAGAGAAAACAUAGGGAAGAGGGGGAGAAACAUGAGAGAGAGCAUAAACGUCAUGGGGAGGGGGAGAGAUCUAGGGAGAGAGACCGAGACAGGGAGAGAGAUAGUAGACACAGAUCACAGGAGAAUAGAAAGGAGGACAGUAGAGAUGACCGACACAGGAAAUCAAGAGAUCAUGACUCCAAGGAAAGGAGGAAAGAGGAUGACAGAAGGAGAGACGACAGAAGGAGAGAUGAUGACAGAAGAGAGAGGAGAAAAGAUGAUGACAGAAGAGAUAGAGACAGAGAUAAGGAUAGAGAAAGAGAAAAAGAUAGAGAGAGAGAAAAAGACAAAAAUCGAGAAAAAGACAGAGAUAGAGAAAAAAGAGACAGAGACAGGGAUAAAGAUAGAGACAGAGAUAGGGAUAGAGAUAGGGAUAGAGAUAAAGACAGAAGAGAGAGAGAUAAAGACAGAGACAGAAGAGAGAGGGAUAAAGAAAGGGAUAGAACCAAAGACAAGGAGAGAGAUAGAGACAGGGAGAAGGAUAGAGAUAAAGAAAGAGAUAGGGAGAGGGAUAGAGGCAAGGAGAGGGAUAGAGACAGGGAAAGGGAUAGAGACAGAAGCUCCAGAGAUGAGGACAAAGGUAGAGAAAGAAACAAAGACAGGAGUUCCAGAGAUGACAAGCGAGAGGAGAAGUCAUCUUCUAGUUUUAGGGCAAGCAAAGAGGAAGAGUCUCAGAGCACAGUGAUCGAGGAAGUGUCGGAAAAGUCAGAGCUGAAAGAGGAGAAGGAAGUAAAAUGGGGUGGCGCAGAUGACGCGGGUGCUGACGAGGAAGAGCAGGGUUACGAUGAUUAUGAUGAUGACUUUGAGGAUUAUGAUGAUGACUUUGAAGAUGAAGAAGAAGAUUCUGCAGAUGCUAGAGCUGUUCCACUGAAGGGCCUUUCCCCCCGGUUACAGCAAGUGGCUCACUGGAACGCUGACAAUGCUACAAGAGAGGAAAUGGAUGAGGUAUUAAAGGCAAUGAAUGAGGAGAAUGCCAGGCUAUUGAAUGAGUCACGUAGGAGUGACUGGUCCAGUACACCCGACUCAGACGAGAACACAGACAGCCGGAGAGCAGAUCAACCAGUCAAGAGACCAGUUACAAGUAGAAGUCGGGGAUUCAUCAACUUUGUUUCAGCCAAACAACGCCAGAUCUCAGACAAGGCUGCGUCAAAGGCACGACGGCGUGGCCAAGAGUUGCUGCAGCUUAUUGAGCUGGAUGUGGCAAAUUUUAGUCUGUUUGACCUCCCUCCAGUGAAAGAGUAUGAACUGUAUAUGAGGAAUUUUGGGAGCAUGAAUACUAAACAGGCCUACAUACAGACCAAUGAAGACAAUAUAGAUCGUGACAUUCAGACAGAAGAGAUUGAAACCAAAGAAAAAUGGUGCCAGCACCCACCAGAAGACCUAAAGGGAUCAGGAGGUGAUGAUGAAGAAACUGAGAAAAGUGUGGAUUCCAGUGGGAAAGUGGACUCUGUCAGGCUGACUAAGUUCUUGCAGCAGUCAUUACAAGUGGUUGCAAUCUUAUUAGAAGAGGACCAGGCAGAGAGAAACCAGGUCGAGGUGUUGGCCAGUAGAAGUAACACGUCCUUCAGUGAAAGCACCAUAUCUCUGACACAGCCAUCAUUCUUAGCAGACCGUCCAGUGUUACAAUGCCAUUUCUCACCUGUCCAGAACAACUUACUGUUAGCUGUUCAUGGACCUCCAGCAGGGGGCUCUCGUAUGGAGUUAGCUAACAAGGGAAUGAUCUCUUUAUGGAAUACGAAUGAACCGUCCAGACCUAAACAAAUUCUCACCUGUGAGUCUCAGCCUACUUGUUGCUGUUUUAGUCCAGAAAAAGCCACCUUGGCAUUUGCAGGCAUGACUGAUGGUUCUCUGGUGGUGUGGGACCUGAGGGAGCCAGCCUCCAUGCAUCAUGUGUACAGAACAAGAGAGGAGGAGUGGCUGCUCAGGAAGCCAACGUAUUUUACAGCUGGAAUUCUUGGUGAAGAAAAUCACCACAGUCCUGUGACAACUGUGAUACCUAUAGUGUCUGCAGCUGAUAGUGCCAAAGCAUCUGUGAUGAGUGCAAAGGAAACGGAUUUCGGGACAGGCCUGUCAUUUCAGCUUGCCUCUGCUGAGGAGAAUGCCUGGGUGCAUUUAUGGGUGGUUGCAGAGAUCAGUAAUCCUGAUGAGGCUGGUUCAGAGUCAGAUCUGGGACUGGCCCCUGGGGGCAGAGUUAAACUGCUGAAAAGUUCAUCUUGCAAGCUGGAGAACCCUACAAGAGAUGUCAGGCUCAAGUCUAGUCUCCGUGCUCAUGAACUGGCCCUCUCCCCAGCCAACCCGAGCAACUUCUAUGUUGGAACUGACUCAGGUUAUGUGUAUCAUGGGGUGAGAUCUGGUGGCAAAGCUGUGCCCAGAACAUAUAAGGGAGAAGUUGAUGCUCCUGUCCCAGUGACAUGUUUAGACUUUCCUCCAUUCAGUCACCAGUGUUUUCUGGCUGGAUGUGCAGACGGCAGCAUUAGACUUCACAGCCUCCAUUUGGAGACACCUUUGGUCACAUGGUUAAACUCCACCAAUGGGAAUGCAGUUCAGGUGAUACGGUGGUCAAGGAGUCGUCCUAGUGUGUUCUAUGUCCUUGAUGCAGCAGCCAAACUUCACGUCUGGGAUCUACUGAAGGAUGAUGCUGCACCUGUGAAUACAGAGACGUUUAGUCAGGAUAGUUCGUGUACAUUUUCGCUGUCUAGUGACCACAGUGCAACAGGAAUGGGACUCCCAAACAGAAAAGCUCAGAUGGUGGUGAGUUUCAAGAGAGGAGGGAUGGAUGUUCACACUCUAAGUCAGCACUUAGUAACACAGCAAGUAGGAGAGCUGGAGGAGUUCCUGAAAUAUGUGGAUAAAGUACUUUAGAUUGACUCUAGAAAUGUUGUAUUUAUUUAUUUUAUUUUAUUUUAUUUUAAUGUUUAUGCUCUUUUUAUGUUGGUGACCCAUUUUUAAAAGAAUAUACAGCAAAUGGCUUAUAGAAUCUGAUGAUAACUUCCGUCCAGAUGGGAUUUUUUAAAAAAUUUCUUUACAUUUUCAUUUAAGUUACUAAAUGGGUCUAGAAUGGUUGCUGAUGGGAGGAAUAAGCUUUUGCAAUUAUUGGUUCAGGAAUAUAUAGACAGGCAAACUGUUGCAUUAAGAAUAGGAACUGUCAACAAAGUAUGGUGUUGUAGCAUGCAUCUAUACUCAACACUGUAGAUGUUAUAGUAACUACAUAGUUAUUUUUGUAAUUUAUGGUUCCCCAUUUGAAAUUAUAUUAAGGUGUUUGAAACUUAUUAUUUGUCUGUGAUAAUUUAAGCACUCAAAUUAUAGAGAUGGAAGUGUGAGGCAAACUUUUUUAUUGAGGAAUAAAGUUAACAUGACCGAAGAAAAAUUUGGUUUAUGAGAUGUGCUAAAUAAAGACCCCAUAUUGUGUUUACCCAAACAAGACUACUGAUCAGUUGCAUUGAGUA